AAUGAAUAAACUUAGUCACAUGACCUGUCAUAUGAUUUGAGGUCACCGCCAUCAAAGAUUAGCUGCGUGAAAACGAAACUCAUUCAUUUUUACGGGAAUACUGACGAAAUACUGAACACGGCCUAACCCCAAAAUUCAAGAGCGAAGCGCGGAAGUAAAAUCAUGGUUGUGCAGCAUUUUAUUGCCGUGUUGUUGGUUUCAGUAUGUGCAGCAACUCGCAUUCAGUUCCCAGAAAAGAACGCGUGUAUCCUCAUUGAUUUUGAGACAAACAACAGUCUUAGCUGGACACCUGGAAAUGGAACAGAAAUGGCCAUUGCUAACUGGGAUAUCUCCAACUUCAGUGUUCCAGAAGGCAACUGCUCGGGUACCCCCUAUCUUGUCAUAAAAUUCCAUGUAGAUAAUGCUACAUUACGGUUCGAUUUCAACAAUGAUUCAGGCAAAGUAGACCUAAAGAUGACGUUAAACUUUAGGCCAGAUGUUGUUUUUAAGAACAAUACAGAUAAAAAACAAGUGAAGAUUAGUGUUCCUUUGAUGGCGGGAAGUACAGAAAAGGCUUUCAAGUGCAACAGUGAGCAGAAAGCUCCUGGGAAGAAGAUGGUUGGAAAAGAUGAAUAUAAAAUAACUUACAGAAUAACAAAUUUGAAGACUCAAGGAUAUGGAGUAGAAAAUGGUACAUACAGUAAAGAUACUGAAGAAUGUCCGGAAGAUACUCCCACAACUGUUCCACCAAACACUACCGUUACAACUGCUCCACCAAACACUACCGUUACAACUGCUCCACCAAACACUACCGUUACAACACAUCCGCCUACGACUACAACACAACCUCCAAACGCCCCGAAAGUCACGCUAUAUGCCACAGAUGGAAACAAGACAUGUGCUAUGAUGCAGGGUGCUUUCACUUUCAUGAUUCCAUACAACACAAGUAAAAAGGGCACAGAAUCUGCAAAGGUCGAAAUACCGCAGAAUGUAAAAUCGGAGGGAAACUGUAUGAAUCAAAAUAUGAUCGACAUCUUGAAGGCCACAUUUGGUGGUGGCUGGGAGAUGGAUUUUGUCUUCAGAGGCGACGGUACCUAUAUCUGGUUGGAUCAACUCAAUAUGACUGUUGUUUAUAAUGAAACACUCUUCCCAGAUAUUGUAAAAGAUAAAAAUGGUACAAAUGCUACAUUCAGUGCCAAAUUUGAUAAUGCUUUCAAAGCAAAGAAAGAAGGCUCAUACUUGUGUGAUUCUGAAACCACUACAACCAUUACCAGCGGAAUUACAAUGAAGACAAAGGAUUUCCAGUACACUGCACUGCAGGAUAAUGUUACAAAAUUCAGUGAUAAAAAUGUAGCAGAAUGUAGCGCAGAUGCUAAGACAAGCAGCAUCGUUCCAAUCGCUGUUGGCGCUGCACUCGCUGGUCUGGUUGUGAUUGUUCUCAUCGCUUACCUGAUUGGUCGCCGAAGGAACAGGAAGGGAUACGAGUCUGUAUAAUCAUGCUGACAAAUCGAUAAAUUAGUUACUUGAGAAUACGGUAGAAUCGAUGAAGAAAAACUGAACAAAAUAUCCAAAACUCUUUCUUUUAAGACAAACUGUAUCAAGAAUGCAUAGAGAAUGCCAAAGAACUCUGACAAAAGUGAAAUUAAUAUGAUACUAUCAGAGAGAAAGGAAUGAAAUUUAAAGGAAUGAUGAUUUAAUUUCAAAUUAUAGUGUUAAAGUUAAUAACUGUUGAUUUUAAAAUUUAACUUAUUGAAACUAAUGCAAUAAGCAGUGCUUACUUUUAUCCCAGGCUGAUUGGAUAAUCUCACAUAAGUAUAAGGCCGACGUUGCACCUUUAGAUUUUUGUAAAGAUGUUAAAUUCCGAGAGGUGAAUGCCAAAGAGGUCUUAGUGCUUAUAAAUAAAGCAGCACUUAAAAUUCUUUCACGUUCAUCCCAGACUUUGUUAAAUGAUAAUUUUGUUUGAAUUUAUUAAGUCAUUGCUGUGUUAGGAAAAAAGGUAUCACUAGCAGACAGAAAUUAAAUGGGUGUUGUUUUUUUCUCCUCUGAUUUUGUUUACACCUUGUAUACGUUGUACUUCAGCACAAAUACCUGUAUUUUUGUCAGUGUGUCGGCCUGUAAUUUCUUUCCAUCUAUUUACAUGUUAAUUUCUGUGAACAUUUUUUUGUCUUUCAUGGAUUAAAAAUGUAUCCAGUUUCUUAAUUUUUUGUAGUUAGACUGUUGGAAUGUUGUUUGAAUAAUUCAUGCACAAGUUUUCAUACCAAGUUUUGUAAAAUGUGGAACAAAUUGUAACAAACCAUUGACUUCAUGGUUAGCAUUGAUCAUGGAUAUUGAGGGAGCUUAAAUUGUUUUACAAACUCACAUUGAAUUUAGGUUUAUCUAUACAAUCUAGAAGAUACAAAUUCUGAAAAGUUCUUACCAUAAAAGUAAGAGGUCCAUUUAGAACUUCCAUUGCUAAAACAAUGGGAUUCUGGUGAAAUUUCGACAAGUCAUUUCACAUAUUUCUGUUUACAUGCAGUUGCGGUCAGAUCCUAUCUUAUAUCUUUCUUGAAAAGUAAUGCAUAAAAGAAAAGCAACGAAAUCAUGUUUUUUUCUACUUUAGAUAAUUUUCUGCCAUUUGUAUGUUUACUUGGAAAAAUCUAUAAGAUCAUGUCAAAGCAUUUUCUCAUUGCAUGUGUUAAUUGUGAAGUUUUGUUGUAAUCUGUGUGAAAAAAACCCAGCAAGUUUAGCUGUAAAUUUUGUCCUUACCAGUGUUAAUUUAAAACGAACAAUGUACAUACAUGUUAUAGUUUUAUUAUAUAAACAUAUAUAGUGAAUAAACAUAUAUAGUGAAGAAGUACACUAAAUCAUGUACAAUAGAAAAAUGGAAUUCAAGAAUGAAGCAUUUUGCACUUAAUGUACAUGUGUUGUGUAUAUUCUAGAAAUAUUUCAAAUUUGAAAUUGAAUUCGAGAAGGCUUUUUUUUUUCAUCUUAAGCAGUGUAAUGACUUUUUGGUCGAAAAUUUAUAAAUGGCAGUAAACAGUGCAUCAUAACAAUUUAUGACUGUAGUGUAAAAUACAAUUGUAUACAAGAUUUUCUAUUAUGUUGCAUUUUUCAUACUGAACGAGAUUUAAAACUGAAAGAGCUCACCGAUUAUUAUGGUACGACAGCCUAGUUUCUGUAUAUAGAAAUGUGUACAAGUUUGUCCAGGCUAAAAUGAGUGUAUGCCAGCAAGGCUAAUAUUGGUAAAGAAGGCUUGAAUAGGCGUCAGGUCUUCAACAAGUUUGACAUCCUCGUUUUCCACGGAGUUAAGGGAUGAUGAUCAUUUACGGAACCGCCACGUUUGUCCGGAUAAAAACUAACACAAGAUCAGAGUGUAGAAUGGUUUUAAGAGUGAGUAACAAUUUGAUGCCAUUGUCAUGUUGUUUUAAUAAAAUCCACUUCAUUCCAUUAUUUUGUACAUAUUGUAGAUUUAUAUAAAACUGCACAAAAUGUACCUAAACGUUUGUAUGCGUGUAAACAUAAUAAUGUCUCACUAUACCUGAGAAUAUUUGUUAACUUUGAUUUCUUUCGUCAGAUAAAAAAUUUGUUCUCCGUUGCAGUUUUGUGUGCGUUAGAUAUUAGAAAUUGCUUCACUCACAUUUGACUAAAUUAGCAGUAUGCUGAUAAAUUGUUCUUAAAUUAUAAAAUAGUAGAAUGGUCUGUGUAGGAGUUGAACAAUGUUGAAAGGUUGUAAAUACCGUUUAUGCAAUAUAUUCUCCAUGGAUUUUGCCCAAGAAACUUGUCUAUUUUGCAAGAAAAUGAGUCCACACUUCGGAUUAUUUUCAACAGAUUGAAGAAGCCAGUUUUUGGCGCUGCUGUAGAAACAUAAAAAUCCAAAACUGUAAAAUUUGAAGAGAUGUAAUAGUUUGUUGUAGAUAAUGCUAAAUUGCAGCCCUGCCUCUGGACAUUUGUUAUUGUUGCUUACAUAACUACUGUAAUAUACCCGGUAUAGUUCUGCACACACUUUUCAAGCAAAAAUUGUCCGAAUUUCACCAUGCCAAUAGUAGUUUAAGAUUCAAGUACUAAAUUCCAUCUGAUGUGUGUUUACAGGUUGUAACAUAAGAUAUACCUCAACUAAGUUAAUUUUGUUAUAAUAGUAGAGGACAUUUUAUUUUUGGCAUCAGGUAUUUUCAUUUAGAUUAACAGAAGCGGAAACGCUUGAACGUGUUCUGAAAAAGGCGAACAAUACUAUCAUGGAUGUACAGUCAUUUUAUGUCACAAAUAGAACAUUAUGUGAUACAAGUUUAACUGUUUUGCUGAGAGUACAUCAAAGUUGUAUCCGCUACCAUUUUGAUGUAAAAAAAAUCUCCCUUUUUUCGAGAUUAUAAAAAUAUAAAAGAAACAUUUUAAUAAAAAUUAGCCUUUCAAAUUGUUUCUACAAAUACUUUGUGUCAUAAAAACUCCAAACUUAAUUUUUUAUUGGCUUGACUACACUUUUACAAAAUAUUCAGUUUAAAUGCUUUUUUGCAGAUUUAUUUUCUUGAUGAAUCAUUUAGAAAACUUCCUCAAUUUUUGGUUUAAUAGGGUAAUCUGUUUUUCAGCCGAAAGUUAUGUAAACUUAUUUAUUUCCUCAUGUUUAAAGUUUUUUCUGUUUUAUUACAUUCUUUGUUAAUGUUUUUUAGCGAGUGAUUGGCGAGUGUGUUUUUUUUUAUAUGUACUGCAAUACUCACUCUAUGUUAAAAGUGCUUUUUGAUAAAAAAAAAAUGUGCUAUAUCUAAGUUUGACAGUUGUUGCAAAUGUAUGAUAAUCACAUACAUGUAUUCACAAAUCUAUUUUUAGAAAGGUUUGGUAGUGCAAUUAUACAAUGAUAAUAUGGCACACAUAGUUAAUGAUAGAUUUUUCUACUCCGCUGCAUUUUAUGGGGACAGUAGAUAAAUAACUUAUUAAAUUUAAUGUUUGGAAAUUUUCACCUUUUUUGUGUUUUGUAGUUGUAAGCAUCAGUCUGUUAACAAAAUUUUUAAUUUUGUUGGUCUUUGUGUGCGCUUUUUGGUUUUAAAAAAACAACACAUUUUAGGUCUAAAUUUAAUAUAUAAAAAAAAAUCUGCUACUUUUUGUUCCUCGAGUUUUUCUAGAUCUUAAGCUGAUACAUUUACAACAUGAUAUGUGAAUUAACAACUUGUUCUUUAGCUGUCAUAUUAAACACUGUGUGUUGGGGUUGAAUUAAUAAUCUGACUUGCAUAUAUUUACUACGGAAGUCCCAAAUUGUUAAUAUGUAUGUCACUUGUGUGUAGGCAGAUACUGAAUAAAUGCUUAUUUUUUGUA